AUGGAAGCUGGAUUCACAGAUCUCAAAAAACCACCAGUUCCAGUAAAGCCUUUGUCAUCAGCUGAGAGCAGUCCAGUGUCUAUGCCAUCCACCCAGAGCCCUGCCUCCUCCAGCCUGGACUCACCCAGAACCCGUCAAAGAUCAUAUGUCCUGUCAGCCUUAAAGAAAUUUGACCCUUCUAAAGAAAAAGCAGUAGAGACACUUAUUGUCACCCAUGUAGAGGAAGCACUGAAGACACCAAUAGACACACCUUUAGAAGGAGUGGAAACAGUUAUUGUCACACAUGUAGAAGAAGCAUUGAAGACAUCAACAGACACUCCUGUAGAGAAAGCAAAGGAGACAAUUACCGUUACACAUGUAGAGGAGGCACUAAGAACACCUAUAGACACACCUGUAGAGGAAACAGUGGAGAUACAAGUAUACACACGAGUACAGGAAGCACUGAAGACACAAGCAGACACUCCUGUAGAGGAAGCAGUGGAGCCAGGUAUUGUCACACAACUAGAAAAAGCAAUGAAGACACAUAUUGUUACAAAUGUAGAAGAUUCUGUGGAGAAACCAGUUUAUACACAUGUACAGGAUGCUUUGAAGACAUCUGUAGAUUCUUAUGAAGAGGAAGCAAUGAAGACAUCUGCAGACAUGGCUUCAACAUAUCAUGGACCUUACAGUGAAGCACUGCUGGAGAGAGCAGUGGAAACGCUAGACAAAAACCCAGCAGAAACAUCAGAACUGACUGUAGAACCCAGUGUGGCAGCCCCAGCAGAGCAUCACAGACUGAACAGCCAAGCUGGAGUUAAUAUGAACGGUAAGACCAUAUGUUCCUUCUAUAAGCUGCCCAUAGAUGGAAAUGUGAAAAUCAUAGUCAACAUUCCUGCCAUUUCCUGCCAUCCGGAUUGUUUCAAGUAUGAUGGUUGCAGCAGGUUUAUGGGUAAUCUCUUGUCAUCCAUGUACCACUAUGCUGGGACAAUCCUCUGCAGGAGAUGCUUUGAUAAAACAUUCUUUCUCGAAAUAUAA